AGACUUUCAUUAAAAAUAUCCAGUGAGCAUAUUUAAUAUAGUUAAACAUACAUGAGUUUAAUAAGUAACGCUGAUCUUCUGAAAGCAAUCAUCCUCUAAUAAUUGUUGUUUAAUUUAAAAAAGAAACUCUAAUAAAGUAUACCUUGGAUGCAAAGAAUCGAACAAUAACCUUUAAUCGCAACAUAAGCAAAAGUUUGCUUGUAGCUAUUUUUACCGUUCAGUAUAUUGGUUUACUGAUCAUGCUUUUCAAUAAAUGAUGACUGUUACUUCAUUAAUUUGUUUUAUUGCCAUUUUUUCACCAUUUUAUGCUUCAAGUAAUAGCAAUAAAGUAAGUAAGUCAAUAAAGAAAUUUGAAGAAAAUAUUGACAAUAAUAAAAUAUCAAAUGAUGGUUUAUUGCAUGAUAUAAAUAUCAAGUCAGUAGAUUCUCCAUACACCUCAGAAAGUAGUAUAUUAAAAAACUUUUUUACUCACAAAAAUGCAGCUAAAAUUAUCACUAAAGGGUUUCAAAAUUUACAAAACUUACAAGAGAAGUCACAGAUAUUAACACCAAGAUCUUGGAAACAUGCUGGUAGAUCAGUAAAUCUCAUUACUCGAGAUGGAAUUGAUGGUCCUGAUGGUAAGGAAUCUGAAAGUCUUUUUCAAAUUCCUGUAACUGCUGAAAUUGUGCCUUUGCCACCAGCACCUCUGCCAAUUGUUAUACGACCAGCACCUCUUAUACAACCCUCUGGAAUAAUAAACUAUCCUGAUAUCAUUGUAACUAAUAAUCUUGUCAAAACUGAAACUUUACCUGCAAAUAAUGUCAGACUGAAAUCACUCGAAGAUAGUGUUCAAUCAUUAAUCAAUAAAGUUGAUAGUGGCGUGCUUGACCACUCUGGAAUUGAUGAAAUAAAUAUAUUGAUUGAUGUAAUGAAUACAUUGAAGUCUAAAAUAGAUCUUUUGGAUCAAAGUUUUGAACAAAAUGGAGGUGGUAUUGUAGAAGAUUCAACUAAUGAAGCCAAACAGCAACAAACCAAUGAAUAUACAGACUACACAAACAGUUUACUUAUUUCAGAAAUGAACAGAUUUGAAACAGUUAUUAGGAUUCUUUCUAAAAAAAUUGAUGACUUACAGUUAGAAAUUGAAAACAGACCAACUGAAAAUGACACAUCCAGUUUGGUGAGAAAAAUAACGUCAUCCAUUGCAAGUCUCCAAAAUAUGAUUGUAAAUAUCUCUUCAAAGAUUGAUGGCAAAACAAAUAUAACAAAAGUUUUAAACUCAGAAAAAUUUCAGGAUACUGGGGGUCUUGUUUUACCUGUUAAAAAUCUUAAUGAUUCAAUGUCAUUUUUUGGUGUUAAAAAAAAUUCUUCAAACAUUCAGAAAGUUAAUUCCAAAUUUGAUACACAAACUGGAAAUCUGACAAAACGAUUAAAUGAUAACCAAUUGGAAGAUUCAUUUAGAUUAUUAGAAGCAAAAGUUCAAAGUCUAGAGGCAAACUUUUCUAUAUUUCAAAAACAAGGAAAAUCAAAAAAUGUAACCCAUACUGAAAAAAUAUAUUUGGCUGACAAGCAAAAAAAUCUAACAGAAAAAGCAACAGCUUUAAACAAAAGCAUUUCAUUGUUUACAGACACUGCUAAAAAACUACAUGAAAUACCUCUUUUUGUAUCUGCUUCACCAAAUUUAAUUAGUUCUUCAUUGGUUGUGCCUCUACAACCCAGGCAAACUGUUAAUUCAAAAUAUAAUCAACCUAAUCUUGUUCGUGAUCUUUUUGAUGUUAAGUUAUUAAAAUUAUUAAAGAAGUUAUUAAAAAGUCAAGCAGAUUCUUUAAACAAAGUUAAAGUCGUUACAACACCAAAGUUAAACAGUGCAAGUGUAUCACAGCUAAACACUGCUCUAGUAUCACAGCUUGACACUCAAAGUAGUUUAAUAAAGAACACAUCUGUAAUGGAAGCAGAUAAAAGUGAACUUCCAUCAAGUUUAUUUAAUCAAUUUUAUCCAUUUGUGUCCUCAAACUUGUAUAAUGAUUCUUUAAAGCAGCUGAUCUCUAGUCUUGCUCAACUAAAAAUUGAUCCAGUAAAUAAUAUUUCUUCUACAAAGGUUUCAAAUUCUUUAGUAGGCCUAAAAUUAGGGUUAAACAUUUUAAAAACACUUUCUAUUGCCGCACCCUCAUGUUUAAAUGUCUUAUUACCAAGUUUAGUUACUGCUUCACAAGAAAAAAUUAAGCAGCUAGUCAAGCAGUUGUCUUUAUGUAGUAAUGGUAUUAGUGAAGUAAAUACAAGAUUGGAUUGUAAAGAUUUGGUUCCUUCUUGUAUUCAUAGCUUUUUGAAUAAUUCAAUAAAAAUGUCUGAGAAAGAAGGUCUUCAAUCGCCAAACAAGUUUGAACAUGAUUGUAAAGAUUUAAAAGAAUGUAGCGGUUAUCAUUUAACUUUAUUGAAAGUUAUAAAACGAAAUGUUGAUCAAUUUACAGAAACAAGUAAUGAAAAGGGACAGGGGAGCAAUCUCAAUGCCUCAAACAGUUCUGUAGAUGGAGCUGAAAUAAAACCAAUAUCAUUAGAUCAAAAUCAUUCUGAUGAAUCCAAAAAUGAGAGUAUUGAUUCACGAUUUUUGGAAAUAAAUAAUAAAAAUGAUUAUUCUGUUUUCGGCAGUUCACUUACUCGUCAAAAUUCUACAGAGAGUUUAAUAGAAAGAAUCAGUCGCAUAAAGGAAGAAUUAAAAAAACAGUUUACAUCUCCUGAAUCGUCCGGAGAUGGAGAGCAUUCUCAAAGUGGAAAAGAGAAAAGUUUUGUUAUACGUCCAAUAAGUUUAUUUAAACAAGCAAAUAGAACAUUAGACAUCUCAUCUUUAAACUCAUUAGGUAUUGAGAGUCCAUCAACAACAAUACCUAUAGCUUCAGUUGGGCCUCUGAAUUCUUUAAAAUCUAGUGACUCUUCUAUUGAUCAAAGUUCUUAUGUAGAUAGUUUGAUUCGUGCUAUUCCAAAUCACAAAAAUGAAACACUUUACCCUAAGGUUGUUUCAGAAUCUCAAGAUGUUUAUGGACAAAAGUCGAAGUUACCAGAUUUGCAAUCACCUGAAUUACAUAAUCUUUUAGUAGAUGUAUUAAACUCUAAGAUUGGUAUCAAUACUAUUUCUCCAAAAGUUGAUGAUAUUGGAAAACUUCCUGAUAUAAAAUCAACUGCUGAAGAUGCGCUUGCUAAAUUCAAAGAAGAUAAAUACAAAAAUCAGAUAGAAGAGUUACAAAGGUACCUCAGUAUUAUUACUAAGCAAGAUCUUAAUGUGGUUCCGAAGCUAGAUCUUUCCAAAAAUAUUGUUGCACCUGAAAUGCAUUUGCAAAAUGUGGGUGAAAGAGUGCCUGGGCUUAGCCAUAUCGAAUCUGAAAAUCAUGCUAGUUAUAGCCGACAUAAUGGAGAGCUAGAAGAUUCCAAAGAAUAUAGACAUCAUCACAAGUGGGAAGUUGAUCCAUCACUUUUAUAUGAAAAGUAUGGUCAGUUCCACAAUCAUCCAAAAAAUCGUUAUCGUCAUCAUCAUGAACAUUCAGAUUAUAACUAUGAUGAAGGAGCUGGUAAUGAUGAUGGUAGUGAUGAUGAUGAUAAUGAAACUGAAGUUAGUCAGAGUAACUUAGAUGAUGUUGAGUCUAAUCAUGGAAUCGAGGCAGAAAAUCAUCGUCAUAAAAAUUAUCAUGAUCACAACAGUUACAAUAAAAAUCAUUUUUUUGGAGCUGAACGACGAAAAAUCAAUCAUCAUGUUUAUGAACCAAGUAACUCAUUGAAAUAUCAUAGCAACAAAAAGAGUUUUCAAGAAAGAUUUCAUGAAAAUCUACGACCAAUGUCAGAGUUCAGAAAACAUGGCAAUAAGUGGCAAUUUGGUCCUGGACCUAAUCACAUAGCUUUUCCAUCAAGAAUGAGUGAUGAUUUACAUGGCAAAGGCAGUAGUUUGCGACCUUUGUACGGAAUGACUACCCAUGAGGGUGAAGAUGAUGAAGAUUUUAACAGUCCUGAAGAGAAAUAUGCUAAUGAUGAGUAUGAACGACCAGAUGUUCAUCCUCGAGAUUUACCAGACCAAAAAAACUCACGCCGUGGUGUUAGACCAUGGUUUGUUCCAUCAAGUAGAUAUUUAACAAAUGAAUAUCAUCAUAUACGAAAAUCACCUCUUCAGUUUUUCCACACACACGCUGAUUCAACAGAAGGUGAGGGGCAUCAUUAUGAGUUUCACCAAGACAAUCACGAUGAAUAUAACCAUGGAGCUAUACGUGGAUUUAAUCAUCAUUAUCGUUUGGAUCACCUUCUUGAUACUGACCACUCUCAUCACGAAGCGUUUCUUCAUCAUGAUGACGAAGAUCUUGAAAUUCAUCACACUGAUAGCGGAGCGGUUGGUGACGUUGAUGACAAUACUGAAGGAGAGCAAAGAUCUUUUCGUGACAAAAAUCAUCGUUUAAAAAAUCAUCCUUUUGAAAAAGUUUAUUCUAAAAGUACAAUAGACAACAAACGUUGGGGAGGUAACCGUCGCCAUUUCACUAAAUAUGAUUGCAGGGGAAUAAGAAACUGUCAAAUGAACGAAGACGAAAAUAAAGUUUUAGACAGUUUAUUUUCGUCUCCUUAUUUUUCUAUGAACGAUGAUCAUCAUGAUGAAUAUAAAGAUGAACAAGUCUCUUCUUUGGUGGGUCCUUAUGGACAUAGAAAGUUUUUAAAUGACCAGCAGGAUAUAACAGAUAAAGAAGAAAGAAGUUUAUUGGCUUCAAGCGCUAAUUCAUUGCCUAUUAAAGAAUACACUUCAAAAAAAUUUAACAACAUGGAUAUGUUUGGAAGAUAUCGAUUUAUUGAAAAGCGUAGUAAGACAAAGUUCACUAAUCCAAGAAUAAUUAAAAAUUUAUUGGCAAAGAAUCUAGAUCAGGAGCCCCAAUUAAGUGCCAAUGCUAGUUCAGGUGGUAAUCCUUUCGGUAACACAACUAAAAUGUUAAAAACAAAUUUAAAUAAUAAACUCUAUAAAAUAACAAAAGUAAACGGAACAAUUGCCUAUUUAAAAAAAAAAACUACAAGAGAAAAAAAUUCCAUUAAAGGUAAAAAAAGUAUUCAUAAAUUUUAUUUCUACAAAACAAACAGUACAAUUCUAACAAAUUUAGAAAAAAGAAAUAAGGAGAAAAAGAAGAACAUCUCACAUCGUUUAAAACAAAGUAGCAUGAACAAUGGUGUUGGUAAAAUCGUAAAGGUUUUGGUUCACUCAAAUCAAAGUAAAAUUACUAUUGGUUUCAACAAUAAGACACAUAACUCACUUCUUGCACACAAAAAACAUAAUAGUUUUGGUACCAUUAAAAGCCAAAGAUACAAAGAUUAUAAUAACGAAGAAGAUAAAAACGAGGAUUUUGAAAGUCAUCGCAUUGAGAACCACGAUGAAAAUGAAAAAAGCUCUGAUUGGAACCAUAACGAAGAUAUGUUGCCAGCAGGUUAUUUAAAUGCUGAGCAUCAUGGUUUGUAUAAAAAGCUUGACCAUGAAAAAGGCGAGUUGUUAAAUCUUUUUGACGAUGUAUCUGAAAAAAACUACGGUAGCGAGAAAAUGGAAGAAAGAUUUUUAGAAAAAGCCAUUGGUUUAACGAACACGUUGUGGGGUUUAAACAAGCGAACUAACUUAAGUAGUCAUAAAGAAGCUGUUGAGUUGAAAAAGCGAAAUGAUGUGGACAUAAAAUCCCAAAUUAAUGUGAAAGAAAAUCAUGUGGCUGUACCUAAACGGAAUAACUUUAAAAUGUUGAAACCUGAAAACGCUUUUUUACCGAAUGAAGAUGACGUUUUACCGAUUCAGUAUCUUAGUUACGAGAAAAACUUUAUUAAUCAACGAAUUGGAGAUGAGAACAAAGCCGUCAAGCUUUUGUUUGAACGAAUUUCACGAGCUAAUAAUGGCAAUUCCGAACCUGAGAAAAUAUUUUUGAAGAAAAUGAUUCGCCUAAGUGGUACUGAUUGGAAAACAGGGGAUAUAGGUAGAAAAUACAAAUUGAACUUUAAGCGAUCAAAUCCUGGUCAUCUUCGCCGAGAUAAAAAUUUAUCUUUAACAAAGCGAUUUUUGAAAAAAACAUUUCGCGCACCUUUGAAAUCAAAGCAAAAUAAAAAAAGCAAUAUUUCCAAAAAUAUUCAAAAAGCUAAGUUAGAUCUUUCUAUGCAACACAAUUCUUCUCGUAAUGUGGCAGUAAAAAGCAUUGUAAAAAGACAUCAAAGUCGUUUAGGAUAUAAAAAAACGGACAUAAUGGAUGAAGCUAAUUGGUUGAUGAAUAAAUUUCAACCUACUAACAAAAACGAAAAUAUGUACUUGUCGAUUGUUAACGAUUUUAAUCAUAUGCCUUCAAUCAUUGAUAAAAUUGAAGGUAAAGGUCCUUCAGAAGAUAUACAUGAAAUAGGUGAAGGUCAGGGAACGCAGCAACACCAUCACCAUCUCACUUAUGCAAAAGACUCGACGAAUACUAUACACUCUCUAAAUAUUCAACCGCAUUACGAUGAUAGUUUAAAAUCACGCGAUAGUCAAAAAUUAGCUCAGACUUUUGUAACAGAAAUUGGGGAUGACAAUCAGGUUACGCUCUCCAGUAAAGGAAAAGACACAAAUUUAUUUACAUUAGGCAGAAUUUAUCCACAAAAAUUUAGCAAUCAGUUGACUGAUGAUCCAAGUAACCAAUAUAUCGAUGAAAAUUUAGAUCAAAGCAAAAUAACAUACUCUAACACUGUAAACAAUCAGUAUGGUGAAAAAAUGCAAUUGUCUCAGUAUCAAAACGAAGCAAGUAUUGACAAGCUUGAUCAGCUAAAUCAUAAAGAACACCCAAUUCAUAUUUCAUUGAAUCCUGGUAGUAUUUCAAAAAAAGAUUACGAAUAUCUUACAAAAAAUACUCCAUAUUUAGCUUCCAAUUAUCCACUUUCAAAAACUUAUAAUAAUGAAAAACAAAUGAUUUACGGUAAUAUAGAUAAGGAAACUAUGGCUCCUAAUUCCCUAAUGACUAAUCAACUCAACGAAAUCAAUUUAUCUGAAGUUCCUGCUACUGAAAUAAAUUUUGUUCCAACUCCUGCUAGUGAAUUGAGUUUGUCUCCAUUUCUAUCUAAAUCUUUUACAGAAUAUAAUUCAUUUCAAGCUCCUUCUUUUGAGAGAAACUUGCUUCCAAGCUCUACUAGUGAGGUGAGUUCAUCUAAUUCCCAUUACUCUGAUCCAACUUUGUUUAAUUUUCCCAGUGAAGUCAAAUCGUUUCAAGUUCCUGUUAGGAAGGUUAACUCACAUCCUGUUCUUUCUAAUUCUAUCAGUGAAGUUAACUCAUUUCAAGUUCGAGCUAACAAAGCAAAUCUGCCUCCGGCUUCUCUCACCGAAGGGGUUUCUUCUUUAGUUUUAUCUAAUUUAAAAAGCGAAAGAAAUAUCAACUCGCAAUUUUUCAAACGUGCAUAUAAUAAUAAGUAUAACAUAGUUGCUUUAAAUAAAAAUCAAAAUGAAGAUUUUUUAAAAAAGGUUAACAAAGGUGAACAUAGUUGGCUAGUGAAAAGAAAAAUGAAAGAAAAAUAUUUAACUAAAAACCAAGAUAGUGAAGCAAAACAAAAUACACUCAAAAAAAAUAAACAUGCAAAAAAAGGAAAAAACUACAAAGAAAAAACUGGUUUGUACAAGCCAAUCAGUAUAGCUUCUGUGCUGGACCAAGAUAACAGUCCGAGUCCAAAACUAUUACAUCGAACUAAUGAUUGGCAUUCUGGCCAUGAAAAAGGAACUCAUACUUUAGGUGGUGACGGACAUGGUGGCGUAUUAAAGAAGUUAGGUGACGAUAGGACCUUUGAUCGAGGCAAAACUAAGGAAAAAGAGGAAGAUGACGAAGAUGAAGAUGAAGAAGAUUUUGAGAAUGAAGAUGAGUUUAAGGAAGAAACAAAAAAAGAAGAAACCUAUGAACAUGAUCACGAUGAUCAUGAAAAUCAUUCAUUUAAACAUCAGACUUAUCAUGAGCAUCAUCACGAUGAAGAUACCGGUGAAGGUAACGAACGUAGCCAUCGUCAUCAUCAAAAUGAUCAUCACCAUCGUCACGAUUAUGAUGAUGAUAAAAAUGAAGACAUGAUGAUGCAAGAUCGCAUGGGGUUAGAUGACAGGUCCACAUUGCAAAAAGAGCAAAAUAAUGACCUUUUAGCAGAAGUAAUUGAUAAAUUAUCUUAUCGUGAUUCAUUAAUAGGCUCGAAUUUAGGAAUUCUCACAGUUCCUGCGAUUUGUAAGGAUGAACAAUGCAUAAUUAGAGACAAUUUUCCUAUUUAUAAUUCUAAAAAUUAUGAUCAUUUAAAAGAUCAAAACGCAUAUGGAACCGGCGGUUUGAAAAAAAAAGUUCGAAAUAAUGAUAAACGUAAAUUCAGUUUAGAAGAAUUUAAUAAUUUAUACAAACAUAAAGAGUAUAGUUCUUUUUACAUUUCCAAUGAUAAAAAGUUUAUUUCUCCCCAAACAAAUUUGGAAAGUUUUGAUAUUACAGAAAAUAUUUAUCCCACUACGAAGCACACAGAUAGAGUGGGAAAACGUAGGAGAAAAAUGCGUUCGGUUGAAGUUGAAAGUUUGUCAGGUGAUAACACAUCGUCUAACUUCACACUUAAUUAUACCUCUACUGAAAAAAUAGACACAGUUAAUGUUACGAAUGUUUCCAAUAACCAAACUCUCUAUGAACUUAAUAAUAGUAAUACUUCAGAAAGUAUAAAUUUCAAUAUAAAACCCAACUACGAAACAAUUACGGCACUAAAAAGCAAACAUAUAAAAAACCGACCAAAGCGGACGCGCAAACGACGCAAAAAGAAACGAAUUUACAAACACAAGUAUAAACAUCACCAUAAAAAAGCUCCAAGUUGGGACUGGAGUUUUUCUGGAGAUGAUGAUAAUUCUGAAGAUAACGUCCAGAAUUUUGACAACGACCUGCAUAAAAAAAAUCGACCAAAGAGUUACGGUAAAAGAACUUCUCGCCGGAAGGUACAAAGAAAACAUUUCCACAAAAAACAUCAGGAUCUAAAUGCAGAAGAAAAAAAUUAUCAUUUUAAUAAAAUGAAAACACAAAGAGGCUCUGAUGACUUGUACAAUGAACGUGCUGAUCCUGAAUUUGAUUCAAGCUAUAUCUCUCAGAACACACAGAAAAUCGGUAACAAUUCUUAUGAUAUUUCACCUCAAAGCUAUUAUAGUGUUGAAGAUACAUCUGAUAAAUACGCCGAAAAUCCAACAGACGAAAGUUUAUUAAAUGAUGGAUAUUACCCAGGUAUAAGAAAUCAAGAAUCAUUUCGUAAGGAAUAUAGUAAUAUGCCAUCCGAAUUUCUAACUGAAGUUAACUCCUCUCUUUUGCAAUCUAAUCUAAGUGGAGACAAAUCUGGAAUUCCAGAAAAAAUGCACGUUUUUAAGUCGCAGAAACAAAAGAUUUAUAAUAAUGAUCAAUACAGGUUGUUAGAAAACCAGCCAACAAGAUUGCUAGACAGGUUAAAUGAAAUAAGUAAUGAAGCGUUGCAAAAACCACAGGCCCGAUUUUCCUCACCUCAAGUAAUUGAAUCCGGUGACGAACAGCAGUUGUUAUAUUUUCCUAACGAUUUAAGUACUAACUCUGUAAAUACACCUUUUGACGGAUCAGCAUCUAUUGAAACUGGUACAAAUGAGUAUAUACAAAUCAAGCCAAAUACAGUUGAUUUUUCCAAGUCCCAAGGCACAGGAUACACUAGAGAUACUUUAAAUAGAAAUGAUAAAUCGGAGUUUUCUAAUUUUAUAUACAAUAACGAACCAAUGAAUGUUCCCAAGGUUACAGAUAAUGAAGAUAUGACAACAAAGUACUUACACAAAGUGCAAACAAAUGACGAUACAAAUCAGCAUGAUUACUCGAAUGUUCCGGAGUUUGAUAGUAAGUCGUUAGAUUCCGAUUAUUUAUCGAGAUUAUAUCCUGAAAGAAUUCGUAAAAUAGAGCAACAGCGAUUUGCAGAAAAGGUGACAAAAGAAACCAAAGAAUUGUCACAUUUGUUCGAUGACAUAAAGCUUCAUGACGAUAAACAACCUGAAGAGAAAUUUGUGGGUGAAGUUACUCAUUUAGUCGGUACAAAAUGGGGUUUGGAAGGUAACAUGGGGUAUAAAGUUCAUUAUCCGCACAUAAGACGAAAUAAAAACAAAGAAUAUCGCAAGUUGAUUGUGAACCUCAAUGAACCAGGUGUCCCCAUGGAUGCUCCUUACUCUCCUCCAAAUAACUUUCAAAGUCUAAAUGAUGGGCAUCGAAGAAAAUCUAAUGAUCAUGACGAUGAAAACAGUCACCGUCGAAGCAUUGAAUGGUAUUUAAAAAAAACUCGUGGUAAACUAUCAAAUUUUCACAGAAAAUCUCAUCCAAUAAUAAAUCUCAAUAAAAAUAUAACGAAACACAAAAAAAGUUUUCAUCACAAAAAGCCCAUAAUAGGCAAUCGAAACACUUCUUUCACCGACCAAAUUAUAAAUGUCAAAGAUGAUUUUAAACGCAAGCAGAUAAAGCUUGGUAUUCUUAAAAAAAAUGUUAAUAUUAAAAAAUUAGUUUUGAAAGAUAGAAUAAAGAGCUUUAAUUUUGGAAAAACAACCAAUAAAUUUCAACAAGAAAAUAAUUUUUUGCAAAGAGCUUUCAAAAAAUCAUUAGAUGAUGCAGUUUUGCAAACAGACGAAGAUAAUAAACCAAUUCUGACUGGAUUAUUUAGUUUUAAACCUCCUACUCUCCGCGGAAAUGUUGGGAAAUUUAAAAAUAGUUUUAAAAAUGAGUCACUCAAAAAAUACAAUACACCUUAUGUGCAUGAAGAUGAAGAUGAAGAUGUAGAUGAAAUGUUUAAAACAGGUGAACAUGGUUUUAAAAAAAAUCAAGACUUUAGAGAUGACAAAGAUUACAAUACGCUUGAUAUGCAAGAAAGUAAGAACACGGAAAAUGAGAACGAAGUUCCGUUUAGAGCAGGUAAUGAUAUUAAAAAUGGACAAUACAAAGAGAAAAGUUAUAUACACGAUGGAAAUUACACACAUGAUCAAGAUGAAGACGAUGAAGAAAACUCUAAAAAUGAUAUUCUGUUAGAUCAUUUUAAAAAACACGAGCGUUUCAAUUAUAACAAGAAAGAUACACCUAACAUACGCGAAGCAAAAAUUGACAUUGAUGAAACUAUGUAUAAAACAGAUAAAUAUAGAUUUCUAAAUAAAAUGAAAAACCACAAUUUGCAACCCAGACAUGAAAAAGAGGACUCUAUUGAUUUUGAUGAAGCUCUGCAUAAACCAGGUAAAAGCUUUAAUAAAAAUAAGCGUCUAAAAGAUAAUGAGGUGGAUUACAAUAUGCCUUACAAACAUGAAAGACAUACUUUGAAAGAUGCGAAUAGAACUCCCUAUAAAACGCAUAAAAAUGAACGUCUCAAUGAUGAAACUAAAGGUUAUAACAAACUGUACAAACUAGAAAAAGAAAACACUAAAAGUAUUGAUGAAUCAAAACACGCGUACCAUGAGGGAAAACUGAGAAAUAAAGAUCAACAGUAUUCGUAUUUUCCGCUCGACGACCAUCCUGCUCAUUAUCUUUUUCGACAUAUUGCGCGUGGAGGGUCAGUUCAAAAUUAUGAUCCACAAAAAAGUAUUAACGAGUAUUUAAAAAACCACGAUCCUAAUCACGUGCGUCAUCAAUUUCAUUACGGAUUACAAAAGCAUCAUCAUCUGCAUAAAAAUCAUCCAAACCCAUUUAUAAAAGAGGAUCCCCUCGAAUCUAGUUUUUUUAAUUCUGCUCUGAACACUUUUGAUUCAUUUCGCGAAAGCAAUGUUAAUUUCAAAACAGUAAAACGAUAUAAACUAACAAAACAUAUUGACCUCAACAAAAGUAAGAUUAAUUUGCGAAAACCCGCGUCACAAAAAACAAAAAAUGGCUCAAGCAAAGCUUUUUCGUCAAAUUUAUCGCUUGAAAAUAAAAAUAAAAAAGAUAAACGUUUAGAUGCGGUCAGGAACAAAACUCAAAACUCAAGUGAUUACAAAAAACAUGCCCCGACAAGUGACAACAAUAAACAAAAGGGACAAACUAAAACUAGCGAGUUAGCAAAAACGUCAAAUUCAUUUAAAAAGAACAUAAUAUUUCGAGUUAAAAGAUCAAAGACUAACAUUGUGAAACCUCAAAACAAUGAAAGUGAUAAUGAUCACUUAUUUUUUCAAACCAUUGGAAAUGAAUCCGAAGAUAUUCCAAAUAUCAGGGAAACGGCAGUUUCUUCAAAAUUGUCAUCGUCAACGAAGUUAUCUGAUAACUAUGCAAGUUUUCACCAGGUUAAAUUUGAAGGCUCGUCUGAUACCCCUCUGGAAAAGUCACCAAGUGCACUAAAAAAGGUGUGUAAAUACGUUAAAGAAUCUCAACUGUUGACUUCUGAAGCAAAGGUUCCACUGAAAGAAGAAAAUGUACCACCAUUUCUAACAACGCCGAAACCUUUGAAAGACUUGAAACUUUAUCAAAUGUUAACUUCAGAACAGUUUGAGGAAAAACAAGAUUAUUACAAAAAAAAACCUCCAAAAAAAAUGUGUAAGUAUAUUGAAGAAUCUCAACUUUUGACUUCUGAAGCUAAAAUUCCACUAAAAGAAGAAAAUGUACCACCGUUUCUAACAACACCCAAACCUUUGAAAGACUUGAAACUUUAUCAAAUGUUAACUUCGGAGGAACUUAAUGAAAAACCAGAUAGCUACAAAAAAAAAGCGAAAGACUUUAGUGAUAAUGACGACUCAGAACUUUUAACAUCCGAAGGAAGUCCUUGUCACCAUUAUGAUCAAGGGGAUGACGAAGAACUUGCACAUCCGGAUAAGCAUCCAUUUUCGGAGGCAAAGAAUAAUACAUCUGCCUUUUUUGAAUCUCUGAAAUUAAAAAAAAUAUUUCAAUUAAAAUCUUCAACAGAUUCUUCAUUAUUUAAGAAUUCUAAAAGUUUCCAAUCUUUAAAUGACAACAAAGGUUACGUAUCUAAAUAUCGAUUACUCAAGAAACUUUUAAAUGAGUCUAGCAUGAUUCAAGAUAACGAUAAAGAUUUAUUGGUUGAAAAGCCAACGUUAGCACCACUAAACAUUCUUCAUUCUAGUUCUAAAAGCCAUUCUUUAGAAGAAUCUCAAAAACUCAAAGUACUCCCAAUGGUUUCUCAAGACUCUCCUAAAGAGAACCAAUUUUCUUCUAAAAAUACAUCUGUUGUUCUGGGUAUAAAGGAGAAUACAGCAAUACAAGAUGAACAAGUAGUAAAAAAUCAAUCUAAUUUUACAAAUGUCAAAAAUAAAAUGGAUACAGAUUAUAAACUAACUUCUUUUAAGACAAAUACAAUAGACAAUGAAAAGAACCCGAAAACAGAAAAAUAUUACGAAACGGCUCUUAAGGCUUUAAAAAAUAUUAAACUUCCUUCCAAUCAAUAAUUUCUUUGGCUGAAAAUAAACAAACUUAGCCAAUCAAUAAUUCUUUCGGACGAUAAAACGUAGCCAGACGAAUUCUACAAAUCGUUUGAUUUUUCUCCGAAUUAAAAUAUAAAUUAUAUAAAAAUAUUACUUUCGCUAUGAUAAAUUUGAAAGAAACUAGGACCUGUUGGAUUACUUAUUAUGAAUACUUAUUUUGUUUUAUUUCUAAAAACUGAAUAGGUGAUUACAGUAACAUUGAGCAGUAAAAUAUUGGGAUAAAAUAUUGAUAAAGAUAUUUAUUGAGAUAGAAAAAACUUUGUUUAAUCCUUCAAAAUAAUGCACAAUUUGUAAUACAUGCAGUCAGCCAUUUACUAUGCAUAAUGUAACACUCGAUGUGAAUUUUAACGUGUAUUUUUGUAACGUCCAAUGUCAAAUCUAUGUAACGCCCAAGGUUAAAUGUAUGUAACGCACUCUAGUAACUGUUUGUAAUGCUCACUGUGAACUUUUUGUAAUAAUUUGUAAAUAUAUUAUUAGCUUAGAUUUA